CUGAUCAUUCAUAUCGUCAGGAUCUCCUCUCUGAAACAGCAAGCCCGAGCACUAACUUCUCCCAAAACCCUAGCUUCUUGCUCUCCAAUCUUCUCUCUCGAUCAUUCCAUUUCGGUUUCCAUCUUCAGUCCGAUCCAUCGAUGUCUACAGACGACGCAUCCUCCGCCGGAACGGCCCCUCCGUCGCCGGCGCAGCCCUCCCCCGCCGCCGGUGCAGGCGGAAGCAACGCGGCGCCGCUAGGUUCCUCCGUGAUUCCGAUAGUGAAUAAACUGCAGGACAUAUUCGCGCAGUUGGGAAGCCAUUCGACGAUCGAGCUUCCUCAGGUCGCCGUUGUUGGAAGCCAGAGCAGUGGCAAGUCCAGCGUCCUGGAAGCCCUUGUCGGCCGCGAUUUUCUCCCGCGUGGGAACGAUAUCUGCACGCGACGUCCUCUCGUUCUACAGCUCCUACAGACAAAGGGACGCUCCGAUGGUGGAUCCGAGGAGGAGUGGGGAGAAUUCCUUCACUUGCCCGGCAAACGUUUCUUUGAUUUCUCCGAGAUUCGAAGGGAGAUUCAGGCCGAGACAAAUAGGUUAGCAGGAGAGAACAAAGGCGUAUCAGACAAACAGAUCCGUCUGAAGAUAUUUUCCCCAAAUGUGUUGGAUAUCACUCUGGUGGAUCUACCUGGUAUUACCAAGGUUCCUGUCGGUGACCAGCCAUCUGACAUUGAAGCACGUAUAAGAACCAUGAUCAUGUCUUACAUUAAGCAACCAAGCUGCCUGAUACUGGCUGUUACCCCAGCGAAUUCUGAUUUAGCGAACUCAGAUGCCCUGCAAAUUGCAGGAAUGGCUGACCCUGACGGUCAUAGAACGAUUGGUGUAAUCACAAAGUUGGAUAUUAUGGACAGAGGUACUGAUGCACGAAACCACCUACUUGGAAAAGUUAUCCCUCUUCGACUUGGAUACAUUGGAGUUGUAAAUCGAAGUCAGGAGGAUAUUUUGCUAAACCGUAGCAUCAAAGAUGCACUCAUUGCAGAGGAGAAAUUCUUCCGGAGUCGUCCAGCAUACAAUGGUCUAGCUGAACGUCUGGGUAUCCCUCAGUUGGCAAAAAAGUUAAAUCAGAUUCUAGUCCAACACAUCAAGACAUUGCUUCCUGAUCUGAAGUCUCAUAUAAGCAAUGCAUUGGUUGCGACUGCAAAGGAGCAUCAGAGCUAUGGAGAAAUAACAGAAUCCAAGGCUGGUCAGGGAGCUCUUCUUCUCAACUUUCUUUCAAAAUAUUGUGAAGCGUUUUGCGCAAUGCUGGAAGGGAAAAGUGAAGAAAUGUCCACGACUGAGCUCUCUGGGGGAGCAAGAAUUCAUUACAUCUUCCAAUCAAUAUUUGUUAAAAGUUUGGAGGAAGUUGAUCCAUGUGAAGAUUUGACAGAUGAUGAUAUUCGGACUGCAAUCCAGAAUGCUACUGGCCCUAGAUCUGCGUUAUUCAUCCCGGAUGUCCCAUUUGAAGUUCUCAUCCGGAGGCAAAUAUCGCGUCUGUUAGAUCCCAGCCUUCAGUGUGCCAGAUUCAUUUUUGAUGAGCUAGUAAAGAUUAGCCAUCGUUGCAUGGCGAAUGAGCUACAACGCUUUCCAGUCCUGAGAAAGCGCAUGGAUGAAGUUAUUGGGAAUUUUCUUCGAGAAGGCCUUGAACCCUCAGAAACAAUGAUUGGUCAUAUUAUUGAAAUGGAGAUGGAUUAUAUAAAUACUUCCCACCCAAAUUUUAUUGGUGGAACCAAGGCUGUGGAGGUUGCAAUGCAGCAAGUCAAGUCUUCUAGGGUUCCACAUCCUGUGGCACGGACAAAGCAGGAUACUGUGGAGACCGAUAAAACAGUUUCUUCUGGGAGUCAGAUGAAAUCUCGUUCUUUUCUUGGCCGGCAACCUAAUGGAAUCAUUCCUGACCAGGGUAUUGUAUCCGCAGCAGAGACUGAUAAAGCUGCAUCAGCUGCAAACACAAGCAGUUCAAGUUGGGGCAUCUCAUCAAUAUUUCGAGGGGGUGAUGGCCGGGCAGCUGCUAAAGAGAACUUCUCAAGCAAACCAUUCAGUGAAGCUGUUCAGGAAGUGGAUCAGAACUUAUCAAUGAUCUUUCUAAAGGAGCCCCCAACUGUUUUGAGGCCACCUGAAACCCAUUCAGAACAAGAAGCAAUUGAGAUUGCCAUAACAAAGCUAUUAUUGAGAUCAUACUAUGAUAUUGUAAGGAAAAAUAUUGAAGACUUCAUACCAAAAGCAAUUAUGCAUUUCCUGGUAAAUCAUACAAAACGUGAGCUACACAAUGUCUUCAUCAAGAAGCUUUACAGGGAGAAUUUGUUCGAAGAAAUGCUGCAAGAACCAGAUGAGGUAGCAAUGAAGAGGAAGCGUACACGAGACACACUUCGUAUUCUUCAGCAAGCUUAUAGGACACUAGAUGAGCUGCCUUUGGAAGCAGAAUCAGUAGAGAGGGGAUACAAUCUUGGCCCCGAUGCAACAGGACUGCCAAAAGUUCACGGUUUACCGACGUCCUCUAUGUAUUCCACGAGCAGCGGUUCUCUAGACUCGUACUCAUCUCCCAAAACCGUGAGAUCCAGGAAAUCAGGAGAGCAACACCAGAAUUUAUACGGAAGCAUGGAUUCAAACGGGCAUGGACGCCUUCAAAUGCCAGAUGUUCACAAGGUUUAUUGAGCAUAGGCGGGGUUUAUUUUGCACGAUUCAAUAGGUAAUUUAGAGGCUUGGGAAGUGUCCGUUGUUUUGUUUGGGGUCAAAUGGUAAUUAUAAAAAAAUAAUGGGCACUUUGUUUGGAGGGGGUAUGUAAUUAUUGGUGAUAAAGAACAAUAUAUAUACCAUAGAAAACUUAACAUUGCUUUUACAAGGAUGACAUUUAUUAACAAAAAUAGCAUAAAAUUUACAAAUAGUGUUACCUUAAAAAUCCAGGUUUCUUGACAUUCCUUGCCUAGUCUUGAAUCCAAACUAACACGUAAUCGGGCUUGCAAAGAACAGAUCAGCGAUUGCAAAAACAGUGGUUACCAACUGAAUCAGAUGAUCUCCAAAUGGUAAACAAGCUUUCACAUAAGUUCACCUACGAAGUCUUUGCCUUUAAAACUCUCUAA